AUCAAUAAGGGCCCUGCAACAAAAACAACAAAACCUAAAUACAGUCACCAACUUUAAAAGUAAUUAAAAAGCUUGUGAUCUAUAGAAUUCUAAAAUACAAGUUUUAAAAAUCAUGACUGAGUUAAGAUCCUUCAGUUCAUUAGGAAUGUCAUGAAAAAGUUUCGAUCCAUUAAAAUAAAAAGACUUCCUUGCAGUCUCAGUUCACACCAUGGGAAGCAUUAAGUUCUUCCCACUUUCCCUCGUUGUGGAUAGUUCUAAAAACCUUAAAAUAAUCUUUAAAAAACAUUGGAGGAGAUCCCUUUAAGCAUUUGAAAGUUAAAUUAAUAGUAUGCAUAUCACGCCCAAAGACAAGGGUAGCCACUUCAAAUUCUUCUCAGUGUCUGAAUCUUAGGUCUUCAAGACAAUCUUUGCUGCCCUUAUCUGUGCAUGAUCUAACAAGCCCAAAACAAGUACAAAUAUCUGGUGGUAUUUGUACUCCAGAGAACCAGUUAGACAGGUUACCUAGUAUCACGCAAGCGAUGAAUUGGAUUGAAGUUAGGGAAAUAAAAUGGCGGACAAUUCUGUCACACUCCCUGUAAAUAAAUAUCCACGAAAUUCACCCACACUGAAAUAACAAAUUGAAUUUAGCAUGAUGGGUAAUAAAUAUCUCAUAAGACGUUUUGUUGUGUAGUCUUGCUGAGUAUUUUUACUUGUUCAUGUAUUUUGACUCACCCUACAGGCAUGUCAAAAUACAGCACAACUCAUAAAAUACACAGCAAUACUGCACAACAAAAGUUCUAUAUAUUUACACCUCCAUGCUGUUCUCCGUGCAUUUCCCAAGGUGCUGACAUGGAGAAUUUUUUUAACAACAAAGAGCAUCUAUAGUUACUGAUUAUUUCCUUUAUAUUCUCACAAGCUUGAUGUGGGAUUCAGGGGUGAUAUUUGUUAUAGUGUUUAUGAACUAGGGUUUAAAUAAUAGGAAUCAUCAUUAGGUGUAAUAUGUUAUGUAAGAUGCAUGACGAGGGGUCCCAGAGUGUAAACCUAAAGAGCUAAGUUGCAUGCAUGUCGAGGUUGUGGGUAUAUUGGGUAACUGUAGUUGAGGUAGUGAUUAUUAAAGUUGGGUCAGCCAUUUUAACCAAGGAUUGGCGUCACUUGGGUCAAAAGGAUCAAUGGGUAACAUGUUAAUUAAAAUUCAAAAGUACAUUGUAAUUAAAAAUUCUAAGCCAAAUUAAGUUUGGAACACUCAGUUGAAACAGUAGCUUCCAGCUUAGCAUGCAUAGCCUGUGACAAAGGUUUAAGUUUAUUACAGUGUAAUAUUAUUUGACACUGAGUAUUUAUAUGCUUAAUUUGGACAUGAAAGCAAAGCUUUGUAAUGCCAAAGAGCUAUAUCUAACUGCAGUCAGUGCAGUUUUGGCCUUCCAGGCCUCAUCAGUGCAGUUCUAUAUAUUGUGGCUGAAUAUUUAUUUUGUGUCUAUCUAUUUAUUACAUAUUUAGCCCAUUUUUCAUUUUCUGAAAUCCAUCAAUCUUUUGACAAAAUAACAACAGCUUGCAGUCAAGCAUUCCUAAAGACAAGCCAGAGUAACAAAUUACUGUCAUCUAGGCCACUUUUUAACUGUAAAAAGGAAUGUACAAUUACAGACUUCAUUGGUUAAAGAUGAACUAAACAAACUGAGUUUGAUAAUUUCUGUCCAUUCAAUUUUUGAUGUAUGUAUUUUAUUACAGAACAAGUCUUAACAGUUACUGUAAUGAUAUGGUUAGCAUGAUAGUUUUGGGGAAGUACACCAAAUUACAUGAUUAUUAAAGAUGUAACAUAAUAGCCAUUUGGAAUGUUUGUAGUGAAAAGUUAGUCCAAGUUAGCUUUUACUUCCACUGUGAAUUAACAGGGUAUUUUAUUUACCAAAUUUAGACUCCUCCCAUGUUGACGUUGUGGUCACCAGGGAUUUUGCAAAUCCUUUUAUUUCUUUUUGCCCAAUUUUAGCAAUAAAACACAUUUUUCCAGGCUCUCUAAUGUGAUAAAGCCAUCCAAGAUGGUGGGAGAACAUGUGGAAAGGUUAUAAAUCAAGAGCUAAAGACCAGUGAUUUCUUAGUGUUCCCUCAACAUCCCAAGUGGCGUUAUCACAUUACAGAGCCGAGAAAAUGUGUUUUAUUGCUUUUAUGAUAUCACUAUAAUUAAGUUGUCACCAAUCAAAUGUAGGCUCUAUAUCCUGAUAAAGCAUGAUCUGCUCGGAAACUGAAUUUACCAAUCAGACGAUGCAUUCUAUGUUUAUUUAUGUUAUAAAGUAAUGAUAAUGAUAAUAGUAAUAAUGAUAAUGCUGAUAAUAAGCAAUCAGUAUUUCUUUUUUAAAAGUGGUUUCCCUGACAUUCUCUGUGAGUUGCUGCUUAUUACGGGUUCCACAGAUUAGGGGUAUUACUAAAAAAGAUUAAGAAAAGCCAUUUUAUGAAAUAAUUGGCUACUUUAUGUACAAAAACUCUCCCAAAACUACAACUAACAUUGAGUUUGGGAGAUAGACAUGGAAAGAUUGUUACAGUGGCAAUAGACUUCUUUUAACCUGUCUUUUCUGUUAUGGUUCAUCUUGUUUGUUUUUCCAGGAAGAGCAAUGGAAUUGUUGUAUGUAUGGAGCAAGACAGCCAUGCUUCAUAUUAUGGACACUCAACAGUUAACCAAAACUACAUCAAACUGAUAAUUCAGCAAGAGACAGAGUGCUUUUAAUUAUUCUUCAUUUCAAAGUCAAGUUUGUCAGUUUACAUAGUACAUUACAUUGUACAUUAGUAUAGAUUGAAAAUAAAAAAAAAAAAAAAAAAUUGAAACUAAUUGUGGCCAUUUUUUUACAGAUUUGCCACAUGGUUGGACACCCUAUUAUGUUGUGAACAUAGACCAAGCUGGAUUUGUUAUUCAGUGGCUCAACCUUUUCAUUAUUCAUUAAUUUUCAUCAUUCAUUGGAUAGUGUGGGUAAACUUUGGUCCAGUAACACACAGCAGGUCACAAAAGGUUAACCAAGGUGACAGUUGCCAGACCUGAUUUAAUUAUAAACAUUUUGAAAUUUUAACGAGUGGCUCCCUAUCUUGAACUGUCAUAAAUUCAGGUUCUUACCAAAUGUCAGAAAGUAGGUCGUCUCUGGACAAAUGAGAAUUUUUUUCAGCAUCUUAAUUUUCAGGUAUGCUAAAUAUUUGGCUAUGUUUUAGGAGGUUUGGUCCAUCAGCUGAUAGGAUAAUUACUAACUUGUUUGCUUGGGUUUGUCUCAGCUGAGGGAAUUUCUGAUUGGUUGGAUUUUUCCAAGCGUGAAUUUUGAUUGGUUGAUAUUGAAUUAUCAUUUUACCCACCAAGUCACGAGAUUCGUGUCACGGGAUUUACAGUCUGCUUGAAAAAUAAUUUUUUUCCGUACCAAGUGCAAUUACCCAGCUUGUUGUCUGAAAUACUCGAAGGCGAACCAUUGAAAGAAACUGUAAUUGACUGAAACGUUCUACAAAAUGAGCAAGUUUAAGUGUAAGUGUCUAAAUGUCACUAUACAUGUGAAAGAAAAAGCCACUCGCGAAGCGGAAGGAACAGCGUUUGUCUCUGAGAAUUGCUCUGAACCUUUCUUUACCAAGGAGCUGUACGAAGUUGAACUUGCCGUUGGGGGAAUAACAAAGGAAGUUGGAAGUCUUGUGAGAGAAACCCAAGCUGAAGACUGGGAUGUUUUCACUUGUAUAAACUGCAACAUGGACACACAUGCCCUACAUACCGUGAAAAAGUACGAUCGAGUGUUAAUAAAUAGAGGAAUGGAGAGUGAUCCAGUUGUCCACAGUGAAAGUGCCAGUUCCUCUGAAUAUUCUUCAAUCUUCAAACUUAUUCUAAAGCCUGCAAAAGAUAAUGAUCCAGAUGUUGGGGAUAACUCAUUUGCAGGAAACGCCAUUUUGCUGGGUCAAGACAGGAUACCUGUUGCCAUGGUUAGUGUACAGGAACAAGUAAAAAAAUUCCUACAAGCUGAAGAGGAUGCAAUGAAUGAAAGAAUACGAAAAUUUGUUGCUGAACAGAAGAGAGCAUUUACAGCUCUUCAAGCUCAAGUGUUCAAGGAUAAAAAAGCUGUCUACUGUGCUAUCAAAAGAGAAGAAGAAAAAGCCAUGGAGAGUUCUCUGGAUGAAGCCAUGGCAGAUAGUUCUUUUGACACCCCAAUGUCAUUUAAACCUGUGGCUACAACUCCUGGGUGGAAUGACCACCCCCCUGACCAAGUCAACCAGGUCCACAUAACACAGGUGGCUCCUCAUAAAUUUCCACUGCACCCAGGUGCUCAUCCUCCUCGCAAGACUAAAAGACUUCCACACAAAUCACGUCAAAAGAACUUGAUACAAUCAGAUGCUGACCCAGUGUUUACUUUAGAUGAUUUUACGGAUGACUGUGAACCAUUCUUCGAGUCAGAGGAAGAUGAUUUUAGUAGCAGUGAUAACAGCUUUCAAAGUGAAGAGCCAAUCUAUAAUCCUGGAUUAAAGAAUGUCCAAAAAUGUACUCAAUACUCCUCUUCCCUACCAAUAAGUAUGCCAGCAGGGAAAAUUUCUCCUCCUAUGGAUGAUCAAGAGUUUGCUAUACCUGAACCAAGUAAGAUUGGAGAAUCCAUGAAAGCAUUAGCUCGUAGUGUUCAUGAUGCAUCUGAGAAGCUGUUUGGAGAACUACCCAGACCAAGACGGAGCACUUACUCUCACAGAUAGUAUAAGGAUUAAACAAUAUAUUAUUGCAGUCUAUACAUAGUCAAAGAAUAUUGCCUCCAUACACUGUAUAAGAAACACUUUAUUGAAAUUAAGGGUGAAACUUUGAGCUGCUUUAUUCAACGUGGAUCGUUGGAUUGACUCAAUAGAUAGAGCUUAAUUGUGUGCCUUGUGCAAAUAUUAGUACAGAGUGUACAAGAAUGGUGGAAAGGUGCGAAGUACUCAGAGUUACUUGUAAAAGAUAAAAGCAUUCUCAAAAUUGUCACUGUGGACCUUUGAGUGACAAGACAAAAUCAAGUUGCUAAUGCUGGAAGGUUGUCAAUAGCAAUGUGUAGUAUCACACAAUCACAUUCUAAAACUUUGCAUUUAAGUAUCACAAUUUAUUGCUGUAUUUUACAACUUGUGCGCUUUGUUGUGCAAGUAGAAUGGGAGUAAUAAUUAUACUUUACACUGAUGUCAAUUGUGAUCACAACUAAAUCCCUGUGAUGGACCUCUGAGAUGAGGAAGAAUCAACUUGUGUGGAUUCAAAUCAGGUUACAAAUAUCACCCUUGAAUCCUCUAACCCUUGAAUCAACCCUUGAAUCAACUAACCUUGUCUACCAGAGAGGUCUGCUGAGGAAUUUGACAGCAGUGUUAAAUACUACAAAAAGAUGUGUUUUAACUUUGCAGUAUGGGAAUUAAUUUAUCUAACAUUCAGUAACUGGGAUUUCUUUAAAAUUGUUUACUAAGUCGUCAGAAUUCAGUGGUCACUAAUGUCAAAUAAGUAUGGGGUAUAAUGGAAAAUAUAUGACUUUUAUUUAAAAUGAAUUUCGUAUAUGAUAAAUUUUUAGCAUAUUGUGACAAAAGAGUUAAGUUGGUAUUGAUAUUUUGUAUUUAUAAAACUUUAGAGUUGGCCUAUUGGUCCAAUAAAGAAACAUAUAUUUGUUUCAA